AUGGCUAAGACAAUGGACGACUUAAAUCUAUUCUUCAAACUCUUGCAAAUCUCCUCGACGCCAGAAGAUUUCAGAGAUAGACUUGAGCACAUGAAGCAUCCGCUGUCAAUACCUCUUCCAAGGAUACAUGUCAUCAAAACUCCUUAUUUUAAGCUAAGAUUCAAAUGGAGAUUGAAUCACGAUCCAAAGCAAGUUGGUCUCCUGGAUUUUAGAAUCCGCGCUUUGCGCAUCGACGAAAAUUACGAAGUGGCACUUUGCACCAAGACAGCGUCUCUUGGAAGUUGUACUGAGCAGCUAUUCCAGACGAUCACGCCGUCUCAAUAUGGCGGAAAUCCCGAUGAAACCAGAGACAUACAAAGGUACUUCUUUUCGAAUAGCUUAACAUGGGAUGGUCAAAUCGCUGGGGUUUUUCAAUGCCAAGAGUUUCGAGAAUUCAGAUGUCAUACUAUUAAAGGUGAUAAAACAGACGAUCAGUCGGAUGAACCUGAAGAGGACGGACUAUGUUGGUCAUGCUCUGAAACGACCCAAGUGGACGAGACCAAGUUUGGAGACGAAACGAAUGAUCCCUCUGAUGACCUUGGUGAAAAGGGACUAUGUUGGUCAUAUUCUGGUGCAGACUAUAUACAGGCUACCUCAAUUUCAUUUCCGAGUAGAAUCACGAUUCAGAUCGAUGUUAUUGGGCCAUUUCCGGAAGGUGAAAAAAGUUCAGUUCUGGUGGUUAAGGAGGAGCAUGCAACUGAACAUGGUUCGGACGACUCAGACGAUUCAGACGAUUCAGAUCAUAAUGAUAAUGAAGGAAACAGUAGCCAAGAGAGUACAUCAUCAAACGACGAAGACUUGGUAGAAAGCGACGGUGAUUUGGAAGGCACCUGGUGA